AUGGCGAGCUCAUCGAAUCAAGUUCAACUCCUUGAAUGCUAUCAGAACUGGAUGAUUGAACAACAACAACUUCUUCUAGAGCUCUUACAAGUGCACAACCAAAAGCCAGACGACGAGCAAGAACUUUGUUGUAUCAUCGGAAAACUCGUCAAACACUUCCAAGAGUAUACUAGUAGAAGAGCCCAUCUUGCAGUAGACGAAGCUUCGUCAUUUUUGUCACCUACGUGGUGUACUUCCAUGGAGAAUUCUUGCCUAUGGGUUGGGGGUUGCAGACCUUCGUUAUUGAUCCAACUCGUUUACUCGCUCUGUGGUUCUCAACUUGAGUCACAACUCAGUGAGCGCUUACAAGGCGUGAGAAGAGGCAACAUAGGCGAGUUAUCAGCAGAUCAACUCAGUCUUGUUAGUGAGUUACAGUGUAGCACAAUUCAAGAAGAAGAGAUACUUUCAAAGAGGAUGGCUAGUUUACAAGAGAAUAUAGCUGAUUGUCAACUCACUAGGCUUGCUAACAACUCAGACGAUUCAGUUACUGAUUCCCAUAUUGCGCAAGUGGCUUUAGGUUCACAUUACGAAGAUCUGGCUAGUAUACUAGUUGACUCAGACAAACUGAGGAUGAAUACUUUGAAAGAACUUAUACGCCUCUUCACACCAUUACAAGCGGUGGAAUUUCUGAUUGUUGGAAAGGAACUUCAUCUCUGUAUGCAUCACUGGGGCCAAAUAAGUGAUCACCGGCAUGGAAGAACAUAG